GUUCCGGGCGAGGCGGCGGCGCUGGCGCCGGGAUGGAUCGGGAGCUGCUCCGGCAGGCGCUGAGCUACCACGGCCCCGCGCUGCUGUCGCUGCUCCGCGCCGAGCAGCACGACAACCCCGACUUCCGCGGGCUGCUGCCGCCGCCCGGGGCCGCCCCGGAGCCGCCCCGCGGGGCCCCGCCGGCCGCCUGGAAAGAGAGGGCGAGCAUCGACACCGAGAUAAUGCGCUUCAUCGCCAAGAAGGCGGAUCUGCUGUUCGCGCACUCGUGGAAACCCAACGGGCCGAUCGAGGACAGCAUCGAGGAGAAUGAGGAGUGUUACGCUGUCAUGCCACCCCUGGAGAGGUUCCUGGAGGUGCCCAGGGAGGAGAGGAGAGAGCUGUUCUUCCGCGACAUCGAGCGGGGCGAUAUCGUCAUGGGGAGGAUCACAUCUAUCCGUGAAUUUGGCUUUUUCAUGGUGUUGAUUUGUCUGGGAAGUGGUGUCAUACGGGAAAUUGCAGACUUGGAAAUCACUGCCCUGUGUCCUGUGAGGGAUGUGCCUCCUCAGAGCAACCAUGGAGAUCCUCUGUCAUAUUAUCAAACUGGAGACCUUAUCCGAGCUGCACUUAAGGACGUUGACCGUUACCACCAGAAGCUGGCCGUGUCGCUUUACAGCUCAGCUCUUCCACCCAAGCUUUCCAGUACAAAGCUGGGUGUGAUCACCUCUGAUGACUUCCCACUGCACUAUAAGCGAAGCCUGGAAGUUGCCAACACAGGAGAGACAUUUGAAGAGGUUUUGCAUCGUUCCCCAGGAUUUGCUAAUCCAUCAUUAGUUGAAUAUUUAGCAGAAAAACUGGGACUAAGUGAGUCAAAUCCACCGUCUUUGCUGAGAAGUCUUCAAAUUAAAAAUUUCAGUGAAGAAGAUUUUGCCCCUGCAUUGAGGAAAAAACAGUCUGCAUCAUGGGCCUUGAAAUGUGUAAAGGCUGGGGUGGAUUAUUUUAAGGUUGGGCGCCACGUGGAAGCCAUGAAUGAGUACAACAAGGCUUUGGAAAUUGACCCACAAAAUGUUGAAGCUUUGGUUGCACGUGGAGCUCUGUAUGCAACCAAAGGAAGUCUGAACAAAGCCAUAGGGGAUUUUGAAGUUGCUUUAGAAAAUUGUCCUACCCAUAGAAAUGCAAGGAAAUAUCUGUGUCAGACCCUUGUGGAAAGAGGCGGGCAGUUGGAAGAGGAAGAGAAACUGCUAAAUGCUGAAAGUUAUUAUAAAAAAGCCUUGAGCUUGGAUGAGACUUUUCAGGAAGCAGAAGAGGCCCUAACCAAACUCCGUAAGCACAUGCAGAAAUCUUUGGAAAUGAGGGAGAAACAAGCUGCCAAAGAAGAGAGACAGAAAGCAAAGAAAAUAGAAACAAGUGCAGAAAAGUUGCGUAAGCUCUUAAAAGAAGAAAAGAGGUAACUGUUACAUUCAGUGUACUGGUUGUGUGGCAAUAAGUGCACAUGAGACUGUGAGCAAUUCAUCUCAACAAACAGCAAGCUGGGGAGAACUUCUCCCUGGGUAAGCUGCUUUUCCCUCAGAAUGUUUUUGUGAAUAGUGUCCUUUAGUGCAUAGAACCUUUAAUGGAGAUGUGUGUGGAGGAGAAGUUGUUUAAGGAAUAUUUUGCAAUGUGACAUUUUUGCAAAGCUUAAUGCCACAUGAAAUUGGGAAAGAGGGCUCUUAAACAAAAUGUUCAGUGGAUUUAAUUUGUUGAUGAAGAAAUGACAUUUGAAAUAGUCAUGUCAGUCAGGCUCAGUUUCUGUUCCCACUUUACAGUCCAAGCUGGGGUAUGCAGAUUUGCUUUCUAUGUGUAGUUUUCACCUGACACUGAAGGUUAUCUCACAGGUUAAUUAUUUUUUUAGGUUGAAAAAGAAAAGGAAAGUAUCGACUUCCUCCUCUUCUUCUUCUUCAUCCUCCUCCUCCUCAUCAUCAUCAUCAUCAAGCGAUUCAUCAUCAGAUGUAUCAGCUUCUUCCUCCUCCUCUUCCUCUGAUCACAAGAAACGUAGGAAAAAGCGUCGGCAUAGAUCUGAGUCUGCUCGCAGCUCCAAAAAAAGCUCAUCUAGAGCUUCUUCCCAUUAUAAAGAUCAGAAUAGGAAAGAGGAGUGGUAUUCCCCUCCAGCUGAUACCUCUGCUUCCUUUCUUAACCAAAGUUUUGAAGUGGAAAAGCUGCUGGAAAGGCAGGACAGCAUAGUGUGCGCAAAAACGGAGGUAAAAGAGAAAGACAGACACUGUUCUUUUUCAAGGACUUCAGGUGAUGAUGAAGACACUUUUGGAGGUAGGUCUGAAGAUUCACGAGAUUCUUACAGUAGCUUCAGAAGUCAGCCAAGUCAUAGCAAAACUGAAAAAUACAGUAAACCAGAGAGAUUCUUCUCCAGUUGGAGGGGUCCUUCAGGUUCGUAUCAUAAAUCAGAUUAUAAACCCAGGAUGCAUUACUACAGGAGAUUUGAAAGGGAUGGAGAGUGGAGAAGGGAGCAGUUUAAGAGACAUGGCUCAGGUCAAGACAGGUAUUACAUGUCCCCAGGGUCUGACUAUUCUGGCAGGUCAGGGGGGAAGUACAGGUCAUAUUCUAGCAGCUGCUCACAUGAAGGUGACAGAGGUUAUGAUAGUGACAGGCGGCAUAAAAAUGAAAGUGAGUCUAAGAAUAGAAAAAUCAGUUAUGAAGACACUGAUAAAACAAAGGAACCAGAUGAAGAGGUGUCAUUAAAUGGUACAGAAGAAGAAGCAAGUGGUGUUAAAAGAAACCUGCCUCAGAACUUAGUUAACAUUUUUAAUCAGAUAGCUGAAUUUGAGAGGGAAAAAGGAAGCAAGCAGAAGAAACAGUGAAGUACCUGAGAAUACACUACUUGGAUGAGUGUAGUUAUGUCAACUUUUAACUUAGCAUCUUGUGAGCAAAUACACACAAAGUGUGAGAAAAAGGCAGAAUUUUUUCUGCAUUUCAGAAUGUCAAAGAAUUCUAAAAGAUCAUAUAGUGGAAAGAUAUGGAAGAAUAUCUUAUAUAAAAUACCAGUUAUUUAAAAUACAAGUUUCCUGUGCUCUUAAUUUGAGGUGUUCCUGUACAGUAUUCUGUCUGAUGGGCUGAAAUCCCUUGCUAACCCUGGGUGUAGUUAGCUGUGCUCACAUGAAAUAUGCACUUUAACAGCUGGGCUUGGUAUUCCUUGUCCCUGGGGUACUAUUGACGGUUGAUAUUCUUCUAUCAAACUUAACUCCCAGCUAUAGAAAAGGGAUAACAGAAUGAAGUCAUGUGCCAUCAAUGUAUAUAGCCCAUUUGAUCAUUAAAUUUUCUUAAUUUUUCUUAA